AUGGCGGUCGCAGAAGAAGCCUUGAAAGUUUGUGAGACUUUGGAAAAGAUUUUGAAGGGAACAUUUGGACCGAACGGACACGACGUCAUGCUGAAUUCAUCUUCAGGAGAAAUACUUAUUACAAAUAAUGGUGCACUAAUUUUGAGGUCGUUGAAUUUAGAAAAUCCCAUCGGGCGAACUAUUGUCAACAAAAUUGUGUCCUUCUCCUCAAUCUCUGGAGACGGCGCAACAUCAUUCGUGUUGCUUUUAUCAUCAAUCCUACGGGAAGCCGUUUCCAUUACAGGAAUGAGAGAUAACUUUGAUCCCACUGAAACUUUAUCAAUCUACCGAGGAAAAACUUUAGCUGCAUUGUCUCGAGCUUUUUACAAACUUGAAUCAAGUUUACUUGAACAUGAAGUUGUUGUUUCAGUUCUGAACGGAAUCGCAGUAACUACAGACCUUGAGGCCGAGGAUUCCUCGCUUAUCAAACAGAGAAUGAUUAGACUUCUCAUCACAACACUUAACGGAAAAUUCCCGACCAGUUUAGUUUCAAACUUUGUUGAACUUCUUUACCAGGUGGUGAUGGAGACUUGGAAAUCAUCAGCUAUUUCCCUGCAGGAUGCCCUUUUACAUGUAAUUGACGAAUUCGGCCAGAUCUGUGUAGAAGUUCCUGGUGUUCCAAUUUCUUCUUCUCAUUUGAAGCCUGGAGUAAUAAUACCUCGUGGAUUUUCCAUUGAACAACAAGGAGUUCCCAAAACUUCUCAGGAGUUCAUGUUUGUUGUUAUGAACUGUAGUUUUGACUUCUUGGGACCACAGACAUCAUCAUCAAUUCAAAUAAAGGAUGAAACAUCUUUAGGUUUGAGUGUUGAGUGGAAAAGAAACCAAGUAAAAAAAGUAAUAACCAUGUUCAAUGAACAUAAAAUUAAAUUAAUUCUGUCCUCAGAGAAUGUGCCAGACUUCGCCUUGCAUUUCUGUAGGCAGUAUGGUAUUGCUGUUGUUAGCAGCAUUCCUCAGGAGUAUGUCAGGUAUAUUUGUAAGUGUACAGGAAUACUUGCCAUUAAUGAUGUUGGUGAGGUCAACCUGUCAGAACUCUUUUUUGGAAAGGGUGUUUCAUGUGAUCUUCACACAAUAGGUCAUCAUAGAUUUGUCCAUCUUGAGUUGGAUUUAUCAAACUGCAAAUUCUCUCCAUGCAGCAUACUUCUUUGUUCUCCAGCACAAGGAUUAUGUAGGCAGUAUUACAUUGUUCUUCACCAUGCACUAAAAUGCAUCAAAAUGUCCUUUAGUGAAGAUGGAAAGAAGUUACUCUUUGUACCAGGUGCUGGUGCAUGUGAACUGGCCUUGAGCUUUUCUUUGAAAAAAAUUUCAAAUAGUGUAAAAGACUCAAAUUUAUCACUGGCUUUGGAAAUCCUGAGUAGUGCAUUGCGAGCCAUACCAAGGUUCCUCCAUCAAAAUUCAUUUUCCAUGUCUCAUCCAAAAGAAAAUUUCAUUCACUGUUUGAAUGAGAUGGAGAGGUCUUUGAAGGAUGAUGGAUUGUUGUUAGGGAUAGAUUCAAAGACAGGUAAAUCAGUAGAUCCCCAAGAAUGUGAAAUUUUUGAGCCUCUUCAAGGAAAACACCUGCUCUGGCAGAGUGUGUUACAGUGCACAUCACAACUUUUGAGGACAGAUAAGCUUAUUGGUGUAAGAAAAAUAGACAAUGGUGUGUGAGGAAUAAAAUAAAAUCUUAUUUAGAAAGCUACUUUUGUUUUAUUGAAAAAAAGAGGAGACCAAACCAUGAUUUCAGAAUUAUUCUUUUCCCAAAAUAUAACUGGAUGAUAAAUAGUUCUGUCGAGUAAUAGAUAGAUAAACCAAGUCAUUAGUUAACAGCUCAAAAAAUACAUGAAAACAGAUGCCAAUGUGUGGGAAUGUGAAACCUGAACAUGUUUGUAAAUAUUGUCCUCUCAAUGGGCCUCUCUCCGUCAAUUUUAAUGGUUGACCAUUUCUCCAUUGUCUCUGGUAACUUAAAAUCACUGCAGUGGAAGCACAUGAUCCCAACUGCGACAAAAAUUUCACAAGUAAGACAAUCCCCAAACACUGAAAACAAUUAUUUUUCAUAGCAUUAAAACCAUCUCUUUUCGAUUGUAUUGAAUUUUGCAUUUAUCCAUGAAAUUUGGUUAAGUUUACAGAAAAUCGAGACACUCAUUCUAUAUUCGGGAGAGGUAGCUUACUGUUAAGAACAGAUGUUGAGGAAAGUCAUUUGAAGAAAUCUACGCGAGUAGUUCAUUUGACGUAAGAAGCAGUUGUCUAAAUCAAAAAUGGUCAGCGGGUUUGCCAUAAAAUUCAAUAUGGCGGCUAAACGCAAGGCAGAGGAUGACGAUGAUGGUGAAAAUGUAUCAACUUUGCAACAGAAAAGGCAGGAAACUACGACCACACAAGAAACAACGACUGCUUGUAACACGGAUUCUUCAUAUUACCCACAGUUUUACGAACAACGCGGUCCGUGGAUAACUAUGUUCGACUGGAAUAGCGGACUCAACUAUUAUCAAAAUAUUAGCGAUUAUAGAACUCAAUGGGAAAAACCGACCGAAUGGGAUUCUAUUCACCCACUUUUUAUUCCAGCAAACCAAUAUUUUUAUCAAGGAUUUUACAACGGAGCAGCAUAUGGUAAAACAAACAAUGAUCAUGUGGAAAACGUUAAACAAACUGCCUGUGAUGUAGAAGGUAUGGUUGAGAGACUUCUAACAAAGCCAGCUCGUCGACAGAUUGAUCCUGAAGAAAAAGAAAAGUUACACUGGAUUCCUGAAGGUGCCACGGAGUAUAAUAUAUGGUACGAUCGAUGGGUGGGAGAACAUUGGCGGAAUGACAAAGAUCACGGUUAGUGAUUUGAAAGACUCUUGACAUUCAGGAAGGGAAAGCACGAGGUAACACUGCUUCAAACCAUGUAGGCCUCCGAUAUUCCUGAUCCUAACCCUAACCAAUGGAAUAUCGGGGGCUCACAUGGUUUGACACAGUGUUAUGUCGUGGUUUCCCUCAGGAAGAGAGGGAAGAGUUCAUUUGAAAAGUAGUCAUGAAUUAGGACAGUCUAGGAGAUAGCAUGAGCAAAGAGGAGAAGGUGAAUAGGGAAACAGAGGGGAAUGGAAAUAGGAGAUACAUAACACUUUCAACAGCAACAGAUCAUUUCAAAUACUGAAGUGGAAGAUUGAGUUUUUCCAAAGGAGUGGGAUUUAUAAAGCAACAUCCAGUUGGCUAAACAGAUAGAGAGAUUGAGAGAAACUUGAGACUUGACCAAAAACUUCAUCAUCCUUUUUUUCUGGUUUUGUUGUAGGGCCAUCAGAGACAAAAUGCUGCAUAGAAACAGAUGCAGGAUUCACCAAGGCAAAUAUUGAUGAUCCUGGUGGAAACAAGCAUUAUUAUUGCAUUUAUUUUGCUAGAGGCUGUUGUCAUCUGGGUUCUGAUUGUGGUUAUCUGCAUAUUAUACCCACUGAUAAAGAUGAAAAGAGGUCAGUGGUAAUAAUAUUAGCAUGCUUACAAUUACAUUAAUGAUAUCAGCAUUCAUAUAUUGACUGAGGUGUACAUUUGCAAUGAUACACACAAGCUAGAUCAAAUGGAUGUAAUAUUAAACAUUUCUUUUUAAGGUAGAGGUUUAAUAAAGGAAUUUGCUUUCCUAACUUAUUUAGAAUUGAUCUAGCUCAUGAUGUUUUUGGCCGAGAACGUCAUCGACUCCACAAGGAAGACAUGGGAGGGGUUGGCACAUUUGAUAAAGAAUGCAGAACACUAUAUGUUGGAGGCCUGGGCUGUCGAACAACACUGGAGAAGCUUUUGUGGACUGAGUUUGGGGAGUGGGGUGAAAUCGAGGUAAAUGUCACACUUUUAUGCCCUUCAUAGCUGGACAUUUUAGACUGUAGUGCCAAAUAUAUUUAAAAUUGCAUGACUGAUUAAAGUAAUAGGUGGCUUUUAGAUAUAUUGAUACAAAAUAAUUUGGUUAACAAAUACCAGGCUAGAAAAUGAAGAUGCUUCUGAAGUACAUGAUAUGAAUGUGCUGAACUUUGGUUGGAAGUUUAUUAACCUUUGUUUUGAUGAAAAAUUAAAAUGAGGUAGAUGCAAUUGAAUUGGUUUUUGAAAUUUAAGUUUUUUUUUUUCCUCACCUAUUUAAUUUGUGGUAAAUUUUCCCUAGUGGACAUGGACUUAACAGUAAAAGGGCUUGUGCCUUGGAAACUUAAAAGUAAUUGUUUUUUUUUCUUCAAUAAAUCCUACAGGACAUAAGAAUAAUACACAAACGGAACAUAGCAUUUGUACGCUACAAGAACAGAGUUAAUGCUGAAUUUGCAAAGGUGAGAGGAAGGUGUUUAAUUAUUUUUUAUUUUUUCUCUGGUGCACUGUCCAGCAUUUAUUGUUCAACAUGAAGAUGUUACAGUAUUUAAUUUUUGUGAGUUUGGCAGAUAGUUCUCACUCUUGAAAGAUAACUUCCUGCAGUAAAAAUUAUCUUAAAAAAAUUAAUGCCACAAUAAAAUGCAGAGAACCUGUAACAAUAGCUAAUGAGUUAUGAUGCAGUUACACUUUUAAAGGAAAAUUAUGUUGGACCUCUUGUUUUUUAAGAUUGCCAUGUCAGAUCAAAAGCUGAACAACAGAGAGUUGCUGAAUGUGAGAUGGGCUUACGAUGAUCCAAAUCCAAAAUCACGAAGAGAGGUACUCCACUAGUUUACUUUUAGUCUGUUUGUCAGCUAUAGAUAUAAGCCUUUAUGCAAAUUAGGCUGGUCUUCAUUCUAAGUUAGCAAGAGAACAUGGAGACAGAUUUCUGUUGAAGUGUAAGGCGUGGUAAGGAGAUCAUGCAAACAAAGAUCUUUCUUUUUAUUUACUAAAACGUGCUUCAUGUUCAUCCAGGAGCUGUUGAGAUCUAAACAUAGAGUACUUGAGGCGGCCACAGAGCGAGGGUUACUUCAGAAGGCUCUUACACGUCCCACUCAGCCAUCUGGUGCUCAGGUUACAGGGCCUUAUCCGAACACAGACAAUCAGUAUCCUGUGGAAUGCGGCCCUCAGACUAAAGAGCAAUUUGAGCAGGUAUACCAGUCACUUAAAUUCAUCAGAGAGUUGUAAUCAUGUAAUGAUAAAGUCUCAAAGAUUUGUUUAUCUCCCCACUGGAAUAUAUAUGGGUAAUUAUUAAUUUAGAAGAAAACCUUUAAAACUUUGCAAUUUUUUUGUCCACCACAGACAAGGCUGGUUAUUUAAACAAAAGCCGUAAAAAAAGCCGUCCAUAACGGAACUGCGUUCCAAGCCAUCUCCAGUUAAGCUGAUCCUUUUAUCUUUUUUUUUGUGGAUCGUUUCAAGAGGGCCAAAAGCUAAUAGUGGAAGGACAGUCUUUUAAGACUUUAAAUUGAAUCAACCCUCUUAUAGAGAAUCCCUAAGGCCCAUUGCUUGCGUAAAACCACGGUUUGGGAUAGACCUCGUUGAAACAACUGGCCCAUACUGUUUUAAAAACGAUUUUUCUGAGCUCGAGGUCAUAAUCUGAAGUAGCACAACUGGCAGAGAAUACUUAACUAAUGUUCCACUUAGCGCUCAACAUCAAUGAUAACGUUUAUGAAAAUUAUCAUGCCUCACUCAUCGAAUGCCGCCAUGUGUCAAAGAUCGGGCGAUAUUCUUCAGCCCAAUGAUAGUUAAAUGUAUGACAUGUAACCAUUUCUCUCUUAACGUCUUGGAAACGAAGAUCCUGAGAUAAGGCGAACCAUGUUUUCUGGCGCAGAAUAAUAAAAUGCAUCUAUAAAAAAAGAGUUUCAUACAUGGAACACACAAAGCAGUAACCUUAUUGGUAGUGAAGCACUGGACACUGCAACGGGGUCCUCUGAUCUUAUUAAUGGCCGUUUUUAUGCUAGAGACGUUAAAGUUGUUCAAGACGUUAAAGUCGUCUCGAGACGACUUUAACGUCUUAGACAACUUUAACGUCUCUAGCAUAAAUGCAUCUAUUCACUGAUUAUGAAACACCUACCUGGAUUCCUUUCAUUCAUUUUCAAUGUCUUUUUGAGUUAUUUAUUCUAGGAUUUUGUUACAUCUCAACAAUUAUGUAGGUUUUUUCGCGUAAAAUCAGUAAAAUGUCUUGAUAAUUCUAAUUGUAACUUGACUUUUCUCAUUUCCUUUCUUCAGGCCGAGGUUCUCCAAAAUGUUUACACAGACUGUACAAGGUUAGACGAAGCCCUCAAGAAAGUAGAGGCCUUCCAUUCCGAGAACACAAAGAAGGGUGAUGUGAGCACGGCUCAACAGCUUUCUGAAUAUAACAAGAAUGAAAAUAAUCAAACCUCAGAGGCAUAUUGGAACUGUUCUGAUUAUUAUAGUGGGUACAGUAGUUACGAUUACGGACAGGCGUGGGACUAUUCACAUCAUAAUCAUCAGACUGAAGCAGGUUACUCUACGAAAGAUCCUUACAGAGAAGUGAUCGCAAGCAAAGAAGCGGAGUCAGAUUCAUCUUCUGCCGGUUAUGAUUCUGCGUCCAUGAAAGCGUCAACUUCCGAAGCAAUCCCGAGUAUCGACUGAUCAAUCUCGGAACCCAAUCGUGGACCAGAGAGAAGAUGAUAUAAACGUGUGCGGGGCUAUGGUUCUUAAGUGCACGUGAUCACCUUUUGUUAACAAAGAAUGAUGCAGGUGUCAUCCUCGUAGAAUUCGGUGCUUACCCAAUGAUUGGUUUUCUCUCUGGUCUACCUUGUGAACACGGGCGAAGCUUGCCGUAACAGUAAUUAGCUGGCACAAGCUCUAGGUGUUAUUACUUCACACGUCCACACAUGUAUACCUGUCAUAUGGCAUCUCUGGGUUUUGUUAUGAUUGAAUUCAACGCAGAAAGGUCCCGUUUGAUGUGAUUUCUGUAAAACGCCUUUUCACGAUUAUUUAUUCUGCCCGCCCGCCUCCCUCCCCAGUUUCCCUUCGGCAAAAUGAAAAGUCCCGACUUCACCUUAAAUGAAUGGCCGCAGAACAUUGGUGAGAAAAGAUUGAAUAAUAAUUGAAUGCCUUAACGAGAGAACAACUUGAAAUUCCCUAAAAUUAUUACUUGUUAAGUCACAGUGCAUUACUUCUCUUAGGGAUAUGCCUAUGAAUUCUUCUAAAUCUUAUAACUUUUCUGUUCAAAAACAAAAAAAACCCAAAAUCAAGUAAGAAGCCUUUCCUCCCUCUCUGCCCAUCCCCUUGGAUAUUUUCAGUUCAAUUAAGGGCAGGAACAUUAAACCUGACGGUAAGACAAAUUUCAACUUAUCAGUUGAUCCCAAAGCGCAGCUAGUGGGCUGCGGUAGCUCUCCGCCCUCAGUUCGUGUGUUUAAAAUAUUUAUGUUUAUGCACUCAAAUUCGAACGUUUCGCGGAGCAGAUGUCAUCAAAAUAUUUCCGUGUGUCGCCCCAUCCGUAUAGCUGACUGUUAAAAGAUAAUAUUCAAUCUACAAUCUCUUGCCGACAGCCUGA